AUCGGCAUGAGGCUGAGAGCUCUCAUUCUCACACUUUGAACACAUUUAAACGGCACAACCACACAUAGUCAGAUUAGGGCGAAAACUGCUAAAAUUACUUCCGUUCAAUUAGAUAUUAUCUACUGCGGAAUCUAAUUUCCUCGUCAAAUAUGGGUGCGAAAGUCCCCCGAAAUUUCCGCCUUCUGGAGGAGUUGGAAAAGGGAGAGAAGGGCCUAGGAGCUGAGGCGUGCUCCUAUGGUUUAGACAACCCCGAAGAUCUGCUCAUGUCCGACUGGAACGGUACCAUUCUUGGACCUCCUCACAGCGUGCAUGAGAACCGCAUCUACUCUGUCAAGAUGCACUGCGGCGAACAGUAUCCUGAUAAGCCACCCACGAUCCAGUUCGUCAGCCAAGUCAACCUGCCUUGUGUCAACCAGAAGAACGGAAUGGUGGACCCGAACCAAUUACCUUGCUUGGCCCACUGGAAGAGAGAGAACACCAUGGAGACCAUCCUGAUCGAGCUCCGAAGAUACAUGGCAUCCGGCCCGUGCAAGAAGCUCCCUCAACCGCCUGAGGGAUCGGUAUACUCCGGCAAUUAAGAUGGUUUAUGCAUAAUACCAACGGGUGGUAUAUCAGCAUUUAAUAUCAACUCGAUACACAGUCCUUCGCUCUCUAGUCCUUAGAACAAGACCCAUGAAGGAGAGGACGGAUAUCACGAGUUCCUAUUAUUAGGUACUUUUGGACUUACGAUGGCUUGUAGGUACUAUGAGUACUACUGUGGGAGGCAUCUACCCAAGGGGAGUUUACGAAUUAGCCAGUCAUAGCAUUAAAAAUAAGUUAAAUCCUGAUGUGAAAGAUGCCAACCUUGAACCCUGAGAAAUGGCCUUCAAAACUUCCCUAUCCAUCCCAUAUUAUCCAUUCUAAGUUACCUAAGGUAUCAUCACAUAUGUUCGGG